CCGUAUCGGGAAAUAUCGAGCACGUUUGAACGCGAGUGUCAUUUGCCCAGCCCUAGUUUCUACCAUAGCAUGGUUUGAAAUCACGUUAAAGGAAAAACAUACUUAUCUGCACGACUGCUAAUAACUAUUUUUAAUGUCAUAUGUCCAGAGCACCGUGUACCCCAUUGAUUCAGAUAAAUUUUUAGAUUUCGGCGUAGUCGGCCGAUGUGGUUGAGCGGUUCUAGGCGCUUCAGUCUGGAACCGCGCGACCGCUUCGGUCGCAGGUUGGAAUCCUGCCGCGGGCAUGGAUGUGUGUGAUGUCCUUAGGUUAGUUAGGUUUAAAUAGUUCUAAUUUCUAGGGGACUGAUGACCUCAGAUGUUUAGUACCAUAGUGCUCAGAGCCUUUUCGGAGUAUGAUUUUUCUUGUUUCAUGUGUUGGUAUUACUGGAUGUCAAUCGCAUCCGUUUCUCGUGCACAAACAAGUCAAAUUUAAAUUUCAAGUGUAACAUGUAGGAAGUCUGGUAGAAGUAUACACUGUUUAGCGUAAUUGAUAUAAUCCAUUUGGCAAUCAAAUCAACAUUCUAAGUAAAGUAUGGAAGUACACUUAGACCCGAAGGAAGUCUUGGCUCACCUGAACGAAAUGGGAUAUAGAAACAUUACACCGGAGCAGUUACGGGAUUUCGUUCGAGAUUUGAAAAAACUCAUCAAAUAUGAUGUACAGCAUUGUAAAUGUGAAAAUUGGCACGGUGGACUCUGCACGACCUGUAGCAGUAGAUCUGCCACACCAAGUGAAAGGCCUCCACUCUCAUCAGUGAACGGAACACAGCACCAGCCAAAAGGCAGCAAACUGUCUGAUGACAAAAAGCCUACCAAGACAGAUGCAUCAUGCAGAGAAUACACAGUUACAGCUGAAAUAAAAACUGGUUACCCAAAAAGCAAUAAAUUGAAGAAACCAGACAGUGUGAAGUUUGAAAAGGAAAAUAAAAUUGAAAUUGUAGAAUACACUAAACCAGCACCAUCUUUCAUCAAACCAUGGCAACUUCAACGGGGUUCGAUGCCAUCACGCAGUGAUCCUGUCUCCCUCUACCACAAGUACCAGACCUAUUGGCGCCAACAGAAAGUUCCUGGAGAGGAUAGUCGUGCUGAGUUACGUUGGAGAGUACGUGAAAAAAUGAUAGGACAGGAUCCACAUCCUCGGCCAGUUUCGAAAGCUUCUUCCGUGGAAUCCUUAUACCGAAGAAGCAAGAGGUAAAUUUCAAACAAGCAGUUGUAAAGGUUUUCGAAUGGAUUCAUCUUUUAUAGUUCCUUUUAACGACUAUUUUUACUGUUGUUGUACAUUUGGAAGGUGUGUAAUAUAUUGCAAACAAUUUGAUACUGCUAACAAAAAGUAACUGCAUACAAACAUACCUGUAUGUUAAAAGAAGAGUUUCCUAUUGUAAUUUCGUGAAAAAAGUACCUGACACUUUUUCAUUGCCACGUUUACAGUGAAAAUAUAAAUGUUAGAUCUAUCUGCAAGCUAUAUUAUGAAGUAGUUUAUUUGAAUCGACUGCAGUUGGUUCAUUCUUACUACGCUAAACGGUGUUUUGAUGUGCUUGUGUAGGUAAGGGAAAAUAUUCUUCUCUGUGUGACAUAAUCAUAAGUUUAUCAUCUUUAUCAUUCUUUAUUAAUUUUGCAAACAUGUAAAAGCCUGUAAGUUUUAACUAGUGAUUUUAGUUUAAAAUGUUAUUGUAAAUAUUGGUUUGUAAAUAUUUAGACUUACCGAGACUCUUUGUUUGAAAUCUUUCGGUGAAAAGAUAACUUUAUAACUCA